AUGGCUGCUGCCGGCGAAGCUGAUUCCUCGACGCAUCCUCCCGCCGCGCGACCCGUCCCCGAAUCAGCGCCCGAGCACCAUGGCCGCCCUUCUUCUCAUAUCCCGCCGCUGCCCGACGAUACUCCCUCCAAACGCCCGCUGAGUGGUUUGCGUUCGCUGUACACGGGCGCCACCUCAUUUCGAUCUCGUCUGCGCGGUCGUCAAAAGGCCCCCAGCACCGCGACUUCCGUGUCCUCGUUGCCCGUCAUCGUGCGCACCUACUCUGGCGAAGACCGUCCCUCUCAGUCCAACAACACCAACCUCACCGCUGCCGCCAAGGGCAAAAACAUGGCCACCCUAGUCCCACCUGUCUCUGACUUCUCGUUCGACGGCAUCCUUCGUGCCGUCGAACCUGAUAUCUCGGGUGCCAUCGACGCCAUUGCGGCCAUCUGCGCACGUAGCAAGUUCUCUCUCGCCGACGAGUAUGCUGCGCACCGACCUCCUCAUGAGGUUCUCGAGACGCCCAUUCCGUACCCCCAGCCACAGCGUCUCUCGCGGUGGUGGACGGCGGGUGGAAAUGCGCUAGCUCCGCUUCCCGAGGCCAGCAGCAGCAGUGAGCGCCUCGCGGGAAGUCACAAGGAUUCCGAGUCCUCCAGCGCCGGCAAGAGCAGGAAGAACUCGGCGUAUGGCAGUCUGAAGAGCAUCGUGUCCGGCGAGGGCAAAGGCGGGCUGGCAGCUCUCUUCGGCGGCGGGGAAGCAGACCGGCAGCAAGACGAACGGGACAACUGCCAGCCUUCCCGGGCCGUCGACAGCGCCCCUUGGAUAGUCUGGGACUCGUCACAUCCCUCCAUCAUGCUGACCUCUGGGCCUGCCGCCUCUCCCCACCUCUCGCUUGCCACGUCAGACCAGCCGUGUCGGGCGGACGCGGUGAUUGGAUCCGCUGCGCCUAUGCCAGCAUCGACUUCCGUGCCGCCACCGACGGCUCGGAUGUCGGAACGCGAAAGUGCAAGCUCGCGUUCAAACUGGUUGCCAUGGGCUCGCCAGCAGCAUGCCGCGUCCGCACCCGUGCCCGUCGCCGACGGCUCCAACGCGGAGCAGAAGCUGAAGGAGCUGCUGCGAGCGCCGUCGAACGGCCAGUCAAAAGCCGCGACGAGCUAUGGGUGAACGAGAUGAUCUGCCAUCUGGUCGGAGUUUGGUGUAUGGUGUAGUGAUGAGCAUUUUCUCAGCCGCAUGCUGAUCUCCCUUCGAGGUCUGCCUUCUCGAUCAUGUCUUCCUUCGUCAUGCAGGUAUGAAAG